GUGAAGAUCAACUAGUGCAUGCAUGCGUUUGAAUCUUAUGUCACACAUGCUUAUGGCCUGUGUAUUAGACGUUACUUGCAUACUCAUACUCAGCCCUAUCCAUUACAAGAAUCUUGAAAGAAGCGAAAAGGCGAAGAAAUGAAAGGUUUUUUCUCGCUUUUUGUGUUUCUUGUGAUUUUUGGUUCGGUUCGAGGUGAUCUGAAGCUAGGGUUUUAUAAGAGUGCAUGCCCAAAAGCCGAAAAGAUAGUACAAGAUUAUGUGAACCAACAUAUUCCCAAUGCUCCAUCGCUUGCGGCGGCUCUUAUCAGAAUGCAUUUCCAUGAUUGUUUCGUUAGGGGUUGUGACGGAUCCGUCCUUUUGAAUUUUACUUCAAGCUCAGGGAAUCAAACAGAGAAAACAGCACCCCCAAACCUAACUGUUCGAGGGUUUGAUUUCAUCGAUAGAUUGAAGAGUUUACUCGAAGCCGAAUGCCCUGGCAUUGUUUCUUGUGCUGAUAUUGUUGCUCUUGCAGCUAGAGACUCCAUCGUUGUCACCGGUGGCCCUUCAUGGAAAGUACCAACGGGCCGAAGAGACGGGGUGAUAUCAGUUGCAUCAGAGGCGUUAGCCGAAAUCCCCGCUCCAUUCGACAACAUCACCACCCUCAUACAAAACUUUGCCAAUAAAAGUCUUGAUAUAAAGGAUCUUGUUUUGCUUUCAGGUGCUCACACUAUUGGAAUCUCGCUUUGUACCUCAUUUUCAAACCGUCUAUACAAUUUCACGGGUGUGGGAGAUCAAGACCCGACACUCGAUAGUGAAUACGCUGCCAAUCUUAAAUCAAGAAAAUGCAGGACACAAAACGACAAUACAACAAUAGUUGAGAUGGAUCCUGGGAGCCGUACCACUUUCGAUCUUAGCUACUACUCGCUAUUGCUAAAGCGUAGGGGAUUGUUCGAGUCUGAUUCGGCUCUUACUAGGGACUCAAACACGUUGGCAUUAAUAAAUCAACUCCUUCAAGGAUCACUUCAGAAUUUCUUCAGUGAGUUUGCAAUGUCCAUGGAGAAAAUGGGUCAGAUUGAGGUGAAAACGGGUACCUCCGGUGAGAUCCGAAAGAAUUGUGCUGUUGUAAACAGCUAAGUGUGUAGUCCUUUGAUGUUUUAUUUGUUUUGUUUAUUUUGUAUUUAUGUUUGUUGGGGUGUUUUUAUUUUCUAUUUAUCAUUGCAAGUGGGAAAACAACAAAUAAAAAGUUGAUUGUGAGUGAGAUUAGAAAUGAUGCUUGUGUAAUAGAACCAAAAUAAGGGAAUGAAAAUUGCAUUGUUUCUAUUUU